CCACCCUUUCAACUUGUAACAAACACUCCCAUUUUCUCACCAGAAUGCCCAAGCAAAUCCAGACAAGAUAUAGAGAAGAGAGCCUUCCCUCACCUCUCCCUCUCCAUCUGUCUCUGUGCAAAGUGCCAUUCUGGAUAACAACAAUGGCCUAAAAAGGGUUUUGGUCACUGUGGUGGUGGUGAGUCCAUUUAUGUGCCUUUGACUCUGAUAUGUGGCUUAAGGGUUUGUCAAAGAAACAUUAUGGUCGGAUCUGAGUUUUUUGAUCGAACUAACAAUGGGGUCUGUAGUGAUGGUUUCAUGGAAAAUUUGAAAUUUUUUGACUUUCCCAUGGAAAGUUUGGAAGGGGAUGGCCUCGAUGAAGGGGAUUGGGAUGCAAAGCUCCAAGGCCUCGGGCCAAUUCCUUCUGAAUCUUUGAUGGCUUCGUUGUUGACUUCUGGUGGCGACAUUGGCAAUGCCGGCUCGGUUGUGACACCUAAUCUCUCUGUUGCUAGUGAGCAUUCCUCCGAGCUAAAACUACUGCCGAACUUAGCUGAAACUGCCUCGGGAGCAAGCAUUCCUCUUCAGAAUGAUCAUUCUGAUCGCUUAGAGCCUGGAAUGUUCCAAGUACCAAGCCCAGUUUCAGUCCUUGAAAGCAGCAGCUCCUGCUCAGUUGAAAAGAACGUCUCCUUCAGCUUCAAACCUUACAUCCCAGCGCGUACUCGUACCAAGCGUUCACGCUCUUCAACCAUCAACCCAUGGGUUGUGAUGACGCCUCCCAUUUCUUCGACUUCCAAAAGAUCACACCAUUUGCUUGCCCAAUCCAAUGACUUUCCUGAAUCCAAUCUCCCCAAUAUGAACUCAAACCCUGUCAAAAGAAAACUGAAGAAGAAAAAGAAACUAUCGCAGCUAUCAAGAGCCAAUGAGAUUGACGGAACUUCCUUGCAACGGCCUAUUGCAACAAAAAGAUGCGCCCAUUGCGACGUGUCAAAGACCCCACAGUGGAGGGAAGGACCAAUGGGGCCAAAGACCCUUUGCAACGCAUGUGGGGUCCGAUACAGGUCCGGCCGUCUCUUUCCACAAUACCGUCCAGCAUUAAGUCCUACCUUUGUUCCAUCUCUGCACUCAAAUUCCCACAAGAAGGUUGUCGAGAUGAGAAACAAAGCUAUCCAGGAAGCAGCCAAGGCUGAGGCAGAACCUCCAAUGUCACCAGCACACAAACCUAACAAAAAGGCUGCCAUUACUGAGACAGAACCUCCAUUGUCACCAUUCAAAGCAACCCAGGAAGCUACCAUUGCUGAGACAGAACCUCCAUUGUCGCCACCACCGGAAUUUGUGCCAAUGAGUAGCUAUUUGUUUGAUUUUGAUUGCAUUUUAGGGGUAGAGGGCAAUGCUCCUAGAAUGGGAGGCUUUAUUUAAUUUUGGUUUGUAUUUUCAGGGUUGGGGGUUUAAUAUUUUGGUGUACAAAGAUGGAAUGAGAGUUAGGAAAGUUAGCAGAUCGUGGAUUUGGAACCUUCCAUGAAUAAGGUGAAAAUCUUCUUCGGUUGAGGAAAUUAUGGUCGUGUCUUGGAGGAGAAGAAAAUUGUUCGUGAUGAGAAACAGAUCGUGGGUGGACUCUUGGAUGGAAUGAGGUUAGAACAUUUAUUAGUAGGAAGUGGUAAGCAUGGGUGUUGAAAUAUUGAAAAAUAGCUUCAUAGAUGAUUAGUUGUGUAAGUAUUGAAUUUUUUAUUUUUUAUUUUUGUUGAACUCAGUUUAUGAAUUUUAUUUAUUUAGGGUUUUUUUAGGUUGAUUCCUUGGCGGGAGUUUCCAGUGGUAUCUUUGAAUGCUAAUGCCAAGAUUAUCACUGCCUCUUU